AUGUCAGCACCGGCCGAUAAACGCUACACCCAAUUCAAUCUGGGACCUUUGGGAGGUGACAGGCUCUCCUCUCAAAGUCCGGCUCCGACCCAACCACCAAACAAAAGAAAGGGCUCUCCUUUCCAGGAGCCCCCUCGGAAACUUCUGAAAGGCAAGCCAAGAGGUCUCUCCCUUCCCGUCAUCGUGAGCUCGGGUGAUCGGGCGCAGCAGGCGCUUGUGGUCCGGAACGAAUCUCCGUGGGACACGUUCAGCAGGGUCUAUGAGUGCGAACUGGCAGGACCGGUGGCCGUGGUGGAACGCAUCGUCCGCCCCUCCACCGUCCUCGCCGUUAGGGAGUUUUCCAAAGAAGCGAUCGACGAGACGUUGGACAGAUUCAAAUGUAUCCGACAUGACAACAUCAUUCUCGCCCAGGAAUGCUUUCUGACCGCAGAUCUUCUCUAUGUCGUCUUCGAACAUCAGCCGGUUUCUCUGGACCACCUGGUCGCUUGUAGAAAAUGGCCCAACGAGAUCCAGUUAGCUUCCGUCGUGGCACAGGUUCUUAACGGCCUGUCCCAUCUAGCGGCAAACGGCCUCGAACACAGAUCUCUAAGCUGUUCCGGCGUCCUGGUGGGCUGCGAUGGGUCAGUGAAGAUCGCGAGGCUAGAGAGCUGUCAACCGCGCCCACCGAAUCUACCACGGGAGCGAGAGAUCAAGGCGUUGGGAGUUGUGGUGAUGGAGCUGAUGGACAAAGACGCCAAAGAGGAGGGGGCCAUCGGGGUGAGCGACCUUCAGCGUUGGCCGACGGGCUCCGAUGCGGUUGGGUUUCUGUCGGCGACCACUUCUACGGAUUGGCUCGAUGAGUUGAUGAAGCAUCCGCUCUUGACAAGGCGACGGUGGAGUAAGGGUUACCUCGUCGGGCUGGUCUCCUUCGCCCUGAUCUCUGCGCGCACGUUCUACUCUCGCUUUGAUUGA